AUGAGUACAGAAAGAGACUCAGAGACUACAUUUGAGGAGGAUUCGCAGCCGAAUGAUGAAGUGGUUCCAUACAGUGAUGAUGAAACAGAAGAUGAGCUUGAAGACCAGGGGUCCACUGCUGAACCGGAACCAAGUCAAAUCAACAGAGAAGCAGAGGAGAACCGGGAGCCAUUCAGAAAGGAGUGUACAUGGCAAGUCAAAGCAAAUGAUCGAAGCUUCCAUGAACAACCUCAUUUUAUGAACACAAAGUUCUUUUGUAUUAAGAAGAGCAAAUAUGCAAGUAACGCAAUUAAAACGUACAAGUACAAUGUGUUUGACUUUAUACCAGUGAAUUUAUUUGAGCAGUUUAAGAGAGUAGCCAAUUUAUAUUUCCUGAUCCUUCUUGUCUUACAGACAAUUCCUCAAAUCACUACCCUGGCCUGGUACACCACUCUCGUGCCUCUUCUCUUGGUGCUGGGCGUUACUGCAAUCAAAGACCUGGCAGAUGAUGUGACUCGUCAUAAAAUGGAUAAAGAAGUAAACAAUAGGACAUGUGAAGUCAUCAGGGAUGGCAGGUUCAAAGUUGCCAAGUGGAAAGACAUUCAAGUUGGAGAUGUCAUUCGUCUGAAAAAAAAUGAUUUUAUUCCAGCUGAUAUUCUCCUGCUCUCCAGCUCGGAACCUAACAGCCUCUGCUAUGUGGAAACCGCCGAACUAGAUGGAGAAACCAAUUUAAAGUUCAAAAUGGCACUUGAAAUAACGGAUCAGUAUCUCCAAAAAGAAAACACAUUGGCAACAUUUGAUGGUUUUAUUGAAUGUGAAGAACCCAAUAACCGACUAGAUAAGUUUACAGGAACGCUGUUUUGGAAAAACAAAAGUUUUCCUUUGGAUGCUGAUAAAAUUUUAUUGCGUGGCUGUGUCAUUAGGAAUACUGAUGUCUGCCAUGGAUUGGUCAUUUUUGCAGGUGCUGACACUAAAAUUAUGAAGAAUAGUGGGAAAACCAGAUUUAAAAGAACUAAAAUUGAUUAUUUGAUGAACUACGUGGUCUACACGAUCUUUGUUGUUCUUAUUCUGCUUUCUGCUGGUCUGGCCAUUGGCCAUGCUUACUGGGAAGCACAAGUUGGCAAUUAUUCUUGGUACCUCUAUGAUGGAGAAGACUCUACCCCCUCCUACCGUGGAUUCCUAAAUUUCUGGGGCUACAUCAUUGUUCUUAACACCUUGGUGCCUAUCUCUCUAUAUGUCAGCGUGGAAGUGAUUCGUCUUGGGCAGAGCUACUUCAUAAACUGGGACCUACAGAUGUACUAUGCUGAGAAGGACACGCCUGCAAAGGCCCGAACCACCACACUGAACGAGCAGCUGGGGCAGAUCCAUUACAUCUUCUCUGAUAAGACAGGAACACUGACUCAAAAUAUCAUGACCUUUAAAAAGUGCUGCAUCAAUGGGCAAAUAUAUGGAGACCACAGGGAUGCUUCUCAACACAAUCACAGCAAAAUAGAGCCAGUUGAUUUUAGCUGGAAUACAUUUGCUGAUGGGAAGUUUGCAUUUUAUGACCAUUAUCUUAUUGAGCAAAUCCAGUCGGGAAACGAGCCUGAAGUGCGACAGUUCUUUUUCUUGCUUGCAAUUUGCCACACAGUCAUGGUGGAUAGAAUCGAUGAUCAGCUCAACUAUCAGGCGGCCUCUCCCGAUGAAGGCGCUCUGGUAAGUGCUGCCAGGAACUUUGGCUUCGCCUUCCUAGCAAGGACCCAGAACACCAUCACCAUCAGUGAGCUGGGGACUGAAAGGACCUACAAUGUUCUUGCCAUUUUAGACUUCAACAGUGACCGGAAGCGGAUGUCUAUAAUUGUAAGAACCCCAGAAGGCACUAUCAGGCUUUAUUGUAAAGGUGCUGACACUGUAAUUUAUGAAAGGUUACAUCGGAUGAAUCCUACAAAGCAAGAGACACAGGAUGCCCUGGAUAUGUUUGCAAAUGAGACUCUGAGGACCCUGUGCCUUUGCUACAAGGAGAUUGAAGAAAAAGAAUUUGCAGAAUGGAAUAAAAAGUUUAUGGCUGCCAGCGUGGCCUCAGCCAACCGGGAUGAAGCUCUAGAUAAAGUGUAUGAGGAGAUUGAAAAAGACUUAAUACUGUUGGGGGCUACAGCUAUUGAAGACAAGCUUCAGGAUGGAGUUCCGGAAACCAUUUCAAAACUGGCAAAAGCAGACAUUAAGAUCUGGGUGCUUACUGGAGACAAAAAGGAAACUGCUGAAAAUAUCGGAUUUGCUUGUGAACUUCUGACUGAAGACACCACGAUCUGCUAUGGGGAAGACAUAAAUUCUCUUCUUCACACAAGAAUGGAAAACCAAAGGAACAGAUGUGGAGUCUAUGCAAAAUUUGCACCCCCAGUGAACGAACCUUUUUUCCCUCCUGGUGGAAACCGUGCUUUAAUCAUCACUGGUUCUUGGUUGAAUGAAAUUCUUCUAGAGAAAAAAGCAAAGAGAAGUAAGAUUCUGAAACUGAAGUUCCCCAGGACAGAAGAGGAAAGACGGGUACGGACCCAAAGUAAAAGAAGGCUUGAAGCUAAGAAAGAGCAGCGGCAGAAGAACUUUGUGGACCUGGCCUGUGAGUGCAGUGCUGUCAUCUGCUGCCGUGUCACACCCAAGCAGAAGGCCAUGGUGGUGGACCUGGUGAAGAGGUACAAGAAAGCCAUCACUCUGGCCAUCGGAGACGGGGCCAAUGACGUAAACAUGAUCAAAACUGCCCACAUCGGUGUUGGAAUAAGUGGACAAGAAGGCAUGCAGGCUGUCAUGUCGAGUGACUUUUCCUUUGCUCAGUUCAGAUACCUGCAGAGAUUAUUGUUGGUACAUGGUCGGUGGUCUUACAUCAGAAUGUGCAAGUUCCUACGAUACUUCUUUUAUAAAAACUUUGCAUUUACUUUGGUUCACCUCUGGUACUCCUUCUUCAAUGGGUAUUCUGCACAGGCGGCGUAUGAGGACUGGUUCAUCACCCUCUACAAUGUGCUCUACUCCAGCCUGCCCGUCCUCCUCAUGGGCCUCCUCGAUCAGGAUGUGAGUGACAAACUGAGCCUCCGAUUCCCUGGGUUAUAUGUUGUGGGACAAAGAGACUUACUAUUUAACUAUAAGAGGUUCUUCGUAAGCUUGUUGCAUGGGGCCUUAACAUCGAUGAUCCUCUUCUUCAUCCCUUUUGGAGCUUACCUGCAAACGAUGGGACAGGACGGAGAGGCCCCUUCAGACUACCAGUCUUUUGCUGUCACAAUUGCCUCUGCUCUUGUCAUGACCGUGAAUUUCCAGAUUGGCUUGGAUACGUCUUACUGGACUUUUGUGAAUGCUUUUUCAAUCUUUGGAAGCAUUGCACUUUAUUUUGGCAUCAUGUUUGACUUCCAUAGUGCUGGAAUACAUGUUAUCUUACCAUCUGCAUUUCAAUUUACAGGUACUGCUGCAAAUGCUCUGAGACAGCCGUAUAUCUGGUUGACCAUCAUCUUGACUGUUGCGGUGUGCUUACUGCCCGUCAUUGCCAUACGUUUCUUGUCAAUGACAAUUUGGCCAUCAGAAAGUGAUAAGAUCCACAAGCACCGCAAGCGGUUAAAGGCCGAGGAGCAGUGGAAGAGCCGGCACAAAGUGUUCCGCAGGGGAGUGUCCUCGCGGCGUUCUGCCUAUGCCUUCUCGCACCAGCGGGGCUACGCGGACCUCAUCUCCUCAGGGCGCAGCAUCCGCAAGAAGCGGUCCCCACUGGACGCAAUAAUAGCGGAUGGGACUGCAGAAUACAGGCGAACUGUGGAGAGCUGA